CUAUGCAGAAAGAGGUGAAUGCGAAAAAGGCAGAGGAAGCAAGAGCUGCAUUGAGAGAUGCCAAGAGAGCUGGACGAGGAAGAGGUGAUAGAGGACGAGGAAGAGGAGGUGGUAAAGCAAGAGGUGGAUUUAUGGGUGACAGUGAGAGGACUAUUAGGGAUGUCGUUGCCAGUGGUCCCUUCUCAGCCGGCCAAGUCGCUGCUGAUGCUGGAUUCCGUGGAGGCAGAAGACCACCGGGUGGAGGCUUUGGUGUGGUGGUAGCGGAGGUCCUCGCAUUAAGAGUGAAGGAGGCUCCUCAUACGCAAACCCAAACAUCGAGGACGGCGGCUACAUCUCCUCCGACCUCGACGAAGCAGACGAAGGUCCCCGCAAAGACAUCGACUUCAUCAACCUCCUCAGCGAUGACGAACAAGAUACGGCAGCCACAAACUCCGGCAUGGCUCCCGUCCGCGUCAACCGCGUCGAGCACCGCGAACGAGAAAAGCCCGUAGCAACAGACGCCACAAAAGCAAAAGCAGCCGCCGAAGCCUCGAAACCUACAACCACAGAAUCCUCAGGAGAAAAGGCUACAACGAAAGAACGUACCGCCUCCCCCGAACUAACACGCGGAAAACAACGCACCAAAGAAGUCCAAGUAGUCCGCAGCGAAAGAAGAUGGAAAGGAGCCUGGGAAGACAGUUCCGACGACGAAGCAACCAUAAAACCCGAGCCUGAAGAUGCUUCCACAAUCACAGCUGCUCCUUUACCAGCAGCCUCCGAUAUUGCGAUCAAAGAAUCCGCAAGUCCAGAAACAAGACGAAAGAACAAGGGUAAAGCUCCGAUUAGAAGACACGGUCUACCCACUGAAGCACCAGCACUGCAAACACAAGAAGAGCGCCGAGAAUGGGAACGCCAUCAUCUCGAUCUCGAAAUCAUCCGUCAAGAACUCGGAGAAAUCACUUUACCUUCCACACCUCCCACAACAGCACAAAAAGACACCGAAGGCGAUGUAAAAAUGUCGGAAGGAGCAGUAACAGAAGAGCAAGAUCUCACAGACGGCGUCGACGCCACUUCAUCUCUUCCCACACAAAACGGUGCAUCUGCAAACCCACCACCAGAUCGUCGCACAGAUCGUGUCUAUCUCUUCCAAUUCCCUCCCAUCUUGCCCUCAUUGGCUACAGCGACUGUAAAGCCAGAACCUCAAUCUCCAACUCUAUCCAAGAAGACACCGCAUACGGCAGAAACACCUAUUGAUGUGGAUUCUGCUACUUCGAAACCUGCCGCGAAACAAGCGGCGAAUGUUCCGCAAUCUGCAGGACAGAUGCAUAAUCCCUUCCCUCACGGUCUAGUCGGAAAACUCCGCGUUCAUGCAUCCGGCCGCACGACUUUAGACUGGGGCGGCACAUCUCUGCAAGUAGGCAUGGGAACUGAUGUACAGUUCUUGCAAGAUGCCGUUGUUGCAAAGUUCAAUGAUAAAAGCGAUGUGGAAGGUGGCAAAGGCAAGGAGAAGGAACAAGAAGAGGAAGAAGGUGCUUUCGGUGGUGAAGUCAUGGGCUUAGGACAGGUGAGGGGAAAGUUUGUCGUCACGCCUGAUUGGGAGGAGAUUGGUUUAUUGUGACAACAAUAUAUCUCUUCUUUGUUUUGGGAAUGAACGAAUAUGACAUCUACUCGUCAAUUGAUGGCUCCAGCGAAUUCUCCAUCUUUGACCCCUGCACGGUGUGUACGUGCAUGAACCAAAGCCAGUCAUGAUUUUCCUAACUCGGGCAGUCCACCAGUGGUCAACGAAUGUGAUGGCUCCAGUCCAGUACAAGAGGAACAUGACACCGUCCAUCGAAUAUUGCCAUCGUCCAGCGCUAACACUCUCCGUGCCACAGCAAUAGGUCACCGCUUGACUGGGUGUCACGUCCGCGAACAAAACUCCAGAGACUGACCACAUUCAUCAUUCCAGCGGCUGUAGGCAGUCUCAAGAGCUCCGUUCCUUUCUUGUCCUCACUCCAACGCA